AUGAAUGAAGAACAACUUGCCCAAAUUCACCCACUUAUGAAAGCCCAGGGUGUAAAGGUUAUGUGGCAUGGUAAUGUAGGUAAAAUUAACACGCAUGGCGAUGUUCAGCCGCGUUAUCUCGUCAUCACAACUAUUGGCCUUUUCUUACUUGUUAAGAAGAAAUUCCCAUCAGGUUACAAAUUAUCUCGACAAAUGUCUUUGUCUAGGAUGAAAUCUAUAACUCUAACAACAGAUUUUAUCGAAUUCAAAUCUGACGACACCAACAUUGUUGUUGAGCAUGAAAAGAUCAAUUACAUGGCCGCUCUUAUUGACCAGCUCAAUACCAGCAUGACAGGAACCUCUAUAUUAAAAGCUUCAACUCAAUUGAAAUCAAUAGUCAUGGAACUUCAAUUAGACAUCAAUCAAGAAUUAACCAUUAUUGAUAGAUUUAUUUCCGAAUGCUUAGCAUUAAAUGUUCCUGUACAACUUGAUCAAAUCAGCGCUAUCUGUAAAAAUCUCGAAACCCAAGAUGAUGUCAUGACAAUUACACCAUCUCUCGCUGCUUCUUCACUUAUGCCAGCUCUUGCAUCAGCGUUACGUGGCAAUACUCUUUACAAAUCCAUUGUUUUGAAAGAUUUGUCAUUCAUCAGCUUCUUCCCACAUUUAUCAACAAUAUUAAAGUUAUCCACAUCAAUUAAUUCAAUCUCAUUCUAUCGUACUUCAUUUUUAGAAACAAAUUUGUCAACACCUCCAGGAUUUUUCGAAAAAGAAGUCAAUGCUCCCAUCAAAUCGAUCACUUUUACAAGUUGCGACCUUACCAACCCCCGGUUCAAAGACUUUUUCUACGAAUUUGCGAAGAUGAAAGCCCAAAUCAACUCAUUCACCAUUGAUCGCUGCGAAUUCAUCCCAUCAUCGUUCGAAUCCAUAUUCUACUCAAUUUUCGAUGCUCCAUGCUUCAGAACCCUUACAAACCUUACAAUUAAGAAGAUAAAUUUGGCAGAAUCCGUACAGAUGUUCUCAAUCCAGCUGAUGAAUUGCGACUGGGUCCUCAAGAAGAAGUCACUGCGCAAGUUCGUUUGCCAACAAAUUCCUUUGCAUCUCGAAUUACUCAUUCCUGCCUUUAUGAUGUUCGAAUCCGGCCUUCAAGAGCUAUCGCUGUCAGGAUGUGGACUUUCCAAGCCGAUUUCCAAGCCAAUACCUACUUUCCAGGACAUUACAGUCCUUGAUUUAUCCGAAAUUACAACUUCUGCCAAGAAUCUUGAAUCACUGUUGCUAUCAAUACAAGGCGGAAACCACCAUAUAAAGAACCUCGAUCUGUCCGCUCUUAAGAUGACAAUGGCCGAAUCUGAUAUUUUGUACCCUAUGAUUGAUUCCAUCGAAUUUAAAGGUAUUCAGACACUUGUUUGGGACUCAAAUAAGGUCACCAAUCAGUCAUUGCCUCAUUUCGUGGACUUCUUGACCAAACAAAAAUCAGUUUUCGAUUUGUCAAUCUCUGAUUGCAUUCUUAACAAGCCGACGAACAUAGAUCAGGUUUUACGUAUCGUCCGUGAACUUCCUCUUGAGCGGUUUGUCAUGGCCGGACAAUCUUCAUUUUCUUUCGGUACUGAGUACAACGACGUCCUCGAUGCAUUAAUUUCGAGAGGUACUGUGGUCAGUAUUGAUAUUUCCGGCCACGGUAUUGGCGACCAAGGUCUUGAAAAUAUCGAAAGAUUAAUUUCAAGCGGAACAAAGGCUUUGGCCUUCAAUUCUACAUGUGCUAAUAACGCUGAAAAGCUUCUCCACUGUUUGAAGACCAUCAUUACAUCAGAUGUUGAGUUUUCGCUUUGGCCAGCUCCAGAUAUCCGAAGAAUCCUCACGAAAAUACCAUUACAGAGCCGCGAAAGACUUCUUAAGGAGUUCGGUACCCUCAAGAAGCAGUUUGAAGAGAAGUACAAGUUAGAAUCAACACCUGAACUUGUAAUGAACGAAGAAAGUAUCACAAAACUCCGCAGAAUGUCCUCAAUUCCUCUCCUUCUUAGAGAUGGAGCUGAUCAUUCGCAGUUACCCCACUUGGAACCACUCAGAUUCCAAAAUCUUUCCACAAGAGAACAGAAUCUUACCACUUUGUUACAGGAAUGCAUCGGUCCAAAGGCUUGCGGACAGGAAAACGAUCCUUUUGUUAUUUUCUUCAACCAAUGGAACAUCGAUACGUCUAUUGACAAAUUCGAAAUGAGUUUGUAA